CGGGCCAGUUGUUGAAGGAAUUACCACAUCACCUUCAUCAGUAAAACCAUAAAAGGUUCUCUCCUCUGGUUUGCAUGAUUGAACAUGCAAAUACUCGAAGAUUUCGUGUCAACCGUGAAAACUUCCUUUUUUUAAAGUGUUAUUUAAGGAGGGAUGAUUUGUUGCACGGACGAUAAUAAACGAUUUCUCUGAGAUUUCUCGCUUUUGUGCCACAUGAAGAUGAACGCUCAGACAAGCGGGUGGUUCGUAUUUCUGGUCCUGGUGAAAUCUAUAGAUCUUUCUUGGACCGAAAAAGCUCUCAUCGAACUAGAAGGCAGUAACCCGACAGCUAAAGAGGGCUCAUGUGCUGAAAUCAACUGCAAAGUCAAUCCUAGUUAUCACAAUUUUCCUGAAACUGUUUCAUCCUGGUUUUGGAUGAAGGAUAGACAUUAUAAUGAUAAAAUUAAAGACUUUAAUGCUACAAUCAUUUACAGUACAGAUAAUAUCUCACGCCCUGUCAGUCCAGACUUUGCAGGCAGAGUGACAUAUAAAGGGACACCAUCUCAAAACUGGAAAUCUUCACAACUUCAAUCUCCAUCUUCGCCUCAGUCUUGCAGUAUUUCAAUCUGCAACCUGAACAAAACUGACAACGGAAACUAUUCUUUCAGAGUUGUAGGAAACCGUGGAAAAUGGGCAACCAACGAAGUUAACCUCACAGUAACAGAAAACCCAUGCCUGAUCACUUUUGAGAAACCACCUGUUGUAAAGGAAAAUGACAACGUAACACUCACAUGCUCUACUUUGAGUUCAUGUCCCUCAAAACCACAAAUUGAAGGUUCGACAGAGUUGUAUCCAACGUUGUUUCCAAAGUCUCUGCAAGAAAUUAACAGGCGGAAAAUCACCACUGUUGAGUUUAAAGUCAGCUGGAGGGAUGAUGGGAAGACGUUUUCAUGCCAAACUGAAGAUAACAAGGACCAGCAUUUGAUUCGAAAAGUCUCCCUUACCGUUGAAUAUGCUCCAAAAGAUGUACUGGCUAGCGUUAGCUCUGAGGUCAUCAAGGCAGGACAAGCUGUGACUCUCACUUGCUCCGCCAAAGGACGUCCUGAUCCCAAAUUUACCUGGUUUAGAGAUGAACAGAAAGUGGAGCCAGGGCCAGGGCCAGGGCCAGAAAUGAAGAUUGACCAAAUUAAAGAAUCGGAGGGUGGGGAUUACAGUUGUGUAGCUCAAAAUGACCAUGGCAACGCUACAUCGAAUCCAGUGGCUGUAGAUGUUACAUAUGAGCCUCAAGUUGAGGUACAGAUGUCUCCACAAGACUCUGAAGUUAAAGAAAACACUGAAAUGAAUUUUACAUGUAAUGUGAUAAAAAGCCAUCCACCUACUCUCACGUCCUACUCUUGGUACAAAAAUGAUCGGCUGAUUCCAGGAAGACAGCAGAAAGUCUGGUUUGUUCAGAGAAUCCAGCGUUCUGACGGAGGCUCCUACAAAUGCGAGGCCACUAACAGUGCCGGUACUGGAACAUCACAUCCACGUCAAAUCAAAGUCCAAUACGGUCCAAGGAAUACCAGGAUCUUCAUCAGAGAUCCAGAUGUACAAGUUGGUAAAUCCCUCUAUUUCACAUGUGAGACUGAUGCCUAUCCUGCCCCAAAGAGUUUCUACUGGUACCGUAACAGCACCAAUAAACGGUUGGAAGCAUCACAGUCGUGGUCACGUACAACUAACAACAACACGCUGAAUUUGGGGCCUGUACAAAGAGCAGAUGAAGCAUGCUACGAGUGCAGGGCAACCAACGACAUCAGUACAGGGCAGAGCAGAGAGCCACGAUGCAUAACAGUUCUCUAUCCUCCAACCAAUCUCAGUCUGUCUAUGAUGUCUGAGAUCACAGAGGAUCCUCCCACCAAUCUCAUACGGCCUAUGGUGUUUGAGAUCACAGAGGGUCAACUCAUUAGAAUCAAAUGCUCUGUUGAUAGUGCCCCACCGUCACGCCUUCGCUUGAUCACACCCAAAUCUCCAGAGUGGAGUGUCCUUCACUGUUAUCCUCCUGCGCCGCCCAACAGUCUCUGCCACAUUUUUAAUGUAACUUCAGCCUACGCAGGCAGUUACACCUGCAGUGCCGACAACGGCAUCGGUUCAAAACAAAGUGACCAAUGGAAGUUGAUGGUGAAAUAUCGUCCACAAGAUGUGAGAGUUGAAGCCAAGCCUGAUUUUUCAGUGACUGAAAACGGAACGUUAAGACUGACAUGCAAAGCCACGUCCCACCCAACAGACAAGUCUUACAUGUGGAUGAAGAUGACUGACGGGAAGAAAGAAAUCAUGAAGCAUUAUCAGACUGAGACCAUCACCAUUCAGUCUGUCAGUCCUUCUGACAGCGGUCUGUACAGCUGUGCAGCCAGCAAUGAAAUCGGGACCGGAGAGUCAAUGUCGGCUCCGGUUCACGUCAAGUAUGCUCCAAAAUAUGUAAAUGUCACGGCAGCAGCAGAGCAGCAGGAGCCUGAUGGGAGGAGUUCAGUGAUGCUGACCUGCAGCAGCCACAGCUAUCCCGAUGUCACACAGUAUUCAUGGUACAGGAAGGUGUCAGCAAAGGACAAAAAGGAAGAAAAGGUUGCUUAUCGGCAGAGCUACAAAGUGCCUUCAGACAAACCGGGAUACUACUACUGCGUCGCAGAAAAUGAAAUAGAUAAAAAAUCAUCUGAUCCAGUCCCGCUGUUUGUUCACCGACGCCUGUUGAGGGCCCUGAAGUUCGUCUUCCUUUCUCUCACUAUCCUGCUUCUUAUUUUAUUCCUUGUCUUUGUCUAUAGAUAUAAGAGAAAGAAAUCAAUUCAUCGAGGACAGCCCUGCUUUGGUUUUCUGGUUCGGUGGAACUGUUGCAGACGGAGGAAUCUGAUAAGAGAGUCUGUCACAGCAGAGCCUUUCAGGAGCAGAGAUGACCUCUUGCCAGACCAGCCGUGCCGUCCUAAUGCCCAACGACACCAGCCUCGUCCAGACAGCACGCCUGCAUCCAACGGCAACUUUGUUUAUUCUACUGUCAAUUUCUCAUCUGUGAAACAGGGUCCAUCUGCACAAAGGCCAGUCAGACAGCAAGAUGGACGCACAGCGGAUGACUCUCUCAGCUACGCCAAUAUACACUUUGGAAAUGAGAAAAAGAACAAACAGGAUAAAGCAGAAGUGACUGCUGUGUACGCUAUGGUGACCAAGCCACCUAAAAAGGACGAGCAAGAAGACAGAGACUACGAGAACGUCAGUGCAGGCCAGACAGCCACAUCUCCAAAUCCACUGGAUUCUGACUCAGACACCAGUGAUGAUGAGGUGGACCUAAACUAUUCACAGGUGAGGUUCGAGGUGAAGCCUGGACACCAGAGAGCCGUCAGAGACUCCAGCACGAGCAGUGACUCCAGCACCUCUGAUGAGGAACAGACUCAGUACUCUGACAUCAAAAUCUGAGUCACGGCUACACCCACGCUGUGCCUGAGCCGCACGAAACCAUGUUUACAAUUAAUCAGAUUUUCCUCAUUAAAAACGGCUGCAUUGGUUUGCUGUUGCAUCAUUUUUCAUCAGCUUGCAGGAACAAAUACCAAACUGGAGGAGAGAAAGUAAGCUUUGGCACCUUAAAUAUAAUUGUGUUUUUAUGCUAACAUAUUUUUGUUCUAACUCCUGAAUUAUCGGAGAAAGUAAGUGUGGCUAACUGUACAUACCUGUAAAAAUGUAAUGACAUUACUGUGAGAUGGUUGUAAUGUUUUAAUGCUGUUGUUUUACUGAGACUUAAUUCUGACAUAUGCACGUGUAAAGACUGUGUUAAAAGCUCCUUCACAUAACACUCCUUGACUUGAGUGCAAGAAGAAGGGCCAACGCAAACAGAUUCAUCUAUUUUAACAAGAAACAAACAAAAAAUAUUAAUAAAGAGUGUUUUUUUUUA